AAAAUUGAUUUAUUUAAACUUGUUUGGUAGACAUGAUCUACGUUCUGUAAUUUUAUUGAUAUAAGUAAAUCUUCUGAAUGGAUAUUAAACUCCAUACCGGAUCUUUUUUGUGAAAAGGGUGGAAUAAUUGUAAAUAAACCUAGUAAAUUUGUAAUAAGAUUGUUUUUCAUAUUAUGUUUGUGGAGCAUAUUUUCCUUUUGAGUGGAUUGUAAAUAAAAGAUAUACCACUACAUCGAUAUAGGGAAUAAAUGCGAGUGACGGCUUAGUUACUGUUCACUGUGACACACGAGGGCGCUCUACCACUGGCAACCAGAACAACCAGUAAAAGAAAAACGUGAGACGAUGGAUAAAUAAUUGAAGAGGAAGUAAGAUACAGUAUUACUACAUGCAGAAGUAAGAUACAGUAUUACUACAUACAGAAAGUAAAAUGAUUAAACAAUGCAGAUAGAACAGACGAGAGUGGAUUGUCAAUUUCUGGGAAAAUGAACAUAAACCAGUAACCAUGGCAAUGUAAACAAUGGAAACUAUGGAGCUGACAUACAGAGAUUAUCACAACAAGGUAUUCAGUCCUCUGGAUCUGAAGGAAAUGGAGCUUGAUGUCCUCAAACGAGAUGCUAAUAGACAUUUGGGAAGAUUAAACGGUCUAAAGAUGCGAUACAUGGACUGGUUUUCAAGGAGACAAAAUUCAUUUCUUGAAUCAUUAAAAUUGAUUCAUUUACUGGCUGCCCAACUAUUACCAAGAGAAGUUAAUACAAUCAGUCAUUACAGAAAAGUUAUCAACAUAGCCAACAAAUUUCCAAGAAACGGAACACCUCGAGAUGGUAGCUCAUCAAAAAUGGAAGAAUUUCUGAUGUUUUGGGACGAGUGGUACAUGUUAAAAUUAGAAAAUGACUCUUUAUAUGCCAGAGUUUGUGAAUUCUGCAAAAGUGUCAGACGGUUAAGACAGCAAGUAUUAAAAGACGAGAUAGACAGAUUACAUUAUCGCCUAAAUCUAACAUGUUCGGAAGACUUUGACUUUACUCACAUCGGCAAUGACAGAAAUAAUUUAUUCACGUACAAAGUAGCAUUACAUGACCAUAAAUAUCACGGACUGGUCAGCUUUAUUCCAUAUCUUAUCAGCUAUGCCACAAAGUUAUGCUAUUGGACCAGCAAACUCCACAUAGAAGUAUUAUAGUAUUAACUUGUAUUAUCAACCAAAAUGAAUUAGUUUGAUACUCUAGUUAGUAACCUUGUAAAACUAGUAACAUAUUUCACUGAUAUGUUUCAUUGUAAUAUUUUUUGCCAGUAAUCUCCAUUUUAUCCAUUUGUAAAUUCAGUGUAUAGUUGUUACAAUACAGCAUUAAUUAAUACACUCAACCUGGUGUUGUAGA